CCCUGCAUUGUUUGGUAAACCCUCCAUUCUGCCAUUGAGUCUUCUCAGACCAACAAUCCACAAGAAAAAUCCACAACAUGGCUCCAAACAGAAAGGAAAAGCCAGAGAUGAGUGCCUUCGAGCGCCGAAGACUCGAAAAUAUUGCGGCAAAUCAAGCAAUGUUAAAAGACCUUAGUACAACAGCACAGAAAAUCGUCCCAAAACCACCACCAAAACCAAAAUCAGCAACCCCUAGAAAGAGAGCAACUCCCAUAAAAAAAGAAGCCCCUAGACCAACCCGUACAAGUUCACGUCUGGCUGGUAUUGAAGCUGAUAGUGAGACUGCUAAGCGCAAAGCAGAGGUUGAACAAGAAUUUGCGAAGGAGGUUUCACAAGCUAAGAGGCAGCGAGUCGCAGGAGAUAUAAAUGUCAAUGAUAUUAUUGUUGAGGGAAAGAAAUGGAAGCAAGAGAAUGGAUUUCUAUCUGGAGUCAUGCGUGGCGCUCAGCCGAAUUUGAGAACCUUCACCGAAGAUGAUAUCAAAGAGACAACAGAUGAAGGGUUGAAGGCUUUGAGGGAGAAGAUGAGCGGGUUACAACUAUAUGAACCUUAUGAGCCCAAUCAAAUUAAAAUUACACCCGAAAGAAUAUACGCUCUAGGAUUUCAUCCAACAGUAGACAAGCCUUUAAUAUUUGCUGGAGAUAAACUGGGAAACGUUGGACUGUUCGAUGCUUCACAACAAGGUCCUGGAGUGAAAACAGAAGACGACGACGACGACGAAGAGGACUCAGAGCCAGCCAUUACUGCCUUCAAGAUACAUUCUAGGUCAAUCUCUUCUUUCGUGUUUGGCGCAGACGGAAAUUCGCUAUAUUCGGCUUCAUAUGACUCUUCAGUGCGAAAACUAGACCUACAGAAAGGGGUAGCUGUUGAGGCAUUUGCCCCAGAUUCUCUAGAUGAAGAUAUCCCUAUAUCUAGCAUUGCCAUACCAUCCACUGAUCCGAAUCUAUUGUGCUUUUCUACUCUGGACGGUCGAUUUGGACGCCAUGAUAUGCGGACUCCAUCCAAAAGUGAAAUUUGGUACCUUUCUGAUAAAAAAAUAGGCGGAUUCUCUCUUCAUCCAUUGCAUCCUCAUUUGGUGGCUACGGCAUCAUUAGAUAGAAUGCUGAAAAUUUGGGAUUUACGGAAAAUUACAGGGACAGGUGAUUCAAGACACCCAGUUUUACUUGGUGAGCAUGAGUCUAGGCUUUCGGUAUCUCAUGCUUCAUGGUCCCCUGCUGGUCAUGUUGCAACUUCUUCAUAUGAUGAUACUAUUAAGAUUCAUUCAUUCCUCGAUGUCGGCUCUUUCAAGGCAGGUCAUUCACUCGAUGAUGAAGCGAUGAAACCUACGACUAUUAUCAAGCACAAUAACCAAACUGGACGGUGGGUGACUAUCUUAAAGCCUCACUGGCAAGAGAAACCUGAAGAUGGAAUUCAGAAAUUUGUGAUUGGCAAUAUGAAUAGGUUUUGUGAUGUUUAUUCAGCCGAUGGAGAACAAUUAGCGCAAUUGGGGGGUGAUGGUCUCAUAACAGCGGUUCCAGCUGCUGCACAAUUCCACCCUACAAAGGACUGGGUUGCAGGUGGUACGGCAUCAGGGAAACUGUGUCUUUGGAUGUGAUGGACGCAUUUUACUUGAAUGAUAAGUUAGGUCUUGUUUGAAUAUUGUAUAGUAUGAUGAGUACUUUGGGGGUUCAACGAUGGAUUUAUAUUGAGCGUUAUUAAAGCGAAGUUAUAGAAGAAUUUAAUGAAGCAACCGAUCCGUUCAUCCUUAUCAAAAUGAAUACCUGCCUGGU